AUGUGAGUGUGACCCAAUGUCUAUGUGACCUGUGAUUGGCUGGCGACCAGUCCGAGUGUAACCCGCCUCUCGCCCAAAGUAAGUUGGGAUAGGCUCCAGCAUAUCCGCGACCCUGAGGUUAAGCGGCAGAAAAAAAUGGGUGGAUGGACAGUUGGAAAACACGCCCCCGACUGGCAACAUUGGGUGCAGUGCAGGAUGUAGCUUGUUUGUGUUUACUGUAGCCGGUAAUGAAGGGGUCAAAUUAUUCUGGGGAUUCAUUUGAGUUUUAAAAUUACUGCUCGAUAAGUAUCGUACGUCUUGUUAUAAUAACGGAGAGGCGCAACAAAUGGUUUCAAGACUUACAUAAGUAACGCAACGCAACUGAUGUGACGUCACGACCUUCUGUGAAACCGGAAGUAAACAAAGGCGCUGUUAGUAUAGAAACCUCGAAGAAAAAGGACCAGCUCUCGAAAUGGUGUCUCUCAUUUGCACUUUACAAGACCACCGAGAUGACGUCAACUGGUGUGCCUUCUCAGCAAAACUGUUGGCCACAUGUUCCGGGGACAAGACUGUUCGACUGUACAACACCAGAGACUUCUCUGAGCUGUCUUUCUCACCGCUGGAAGGACACGGUUACAGUGUCCACUGCUGCUGCUUCAGUCCUUGCGGACAGUUCCUGGCCUCUUGUUCGACUGAUGCCACUACCAUGGUCUGGUCCAUGGCCACAGGAGAGAUUGAGGGGGUCCUGGAGCAUCCUGGUCGCAGCCCUGUCAGGAUCUGUGCAUUCUCUCCUGACUCCACCCACUUGGUUUCUGGCGCAUCAGAUGGUUCUUUGGCUCUGUGGGAUUUCCCUUCCAAGCAGCUUCGCGGGACCAGCUGUGUGAGUGACACAACGAUGGUGGCGUGCUCGUUCAGCCCCUGCAGUCAGGUGUUUGUCACUGGCUCGACCUACGGAGACCUCCGUGUGUGGGACCUGCAUAUGAACCAGUGCCAUGCAGAGAAGAAUGCCCAUGACCUUGGAGUCACCUGCUGCACCUUCGCUCCCAACAUCCUUAGCGACAGCCAAGUUGUGCAGUUCCAUUUGGCAUCCUGUGGACAGGACAAUCAUGUGAAGAUCUGGUCAAUAAAUAAGAUGAGUUCUGGAGCCUUUAGGGUGCAACUCUUGCACACAUUAACAGGCCAUUCGGCUCCAGUCCUCACCUGUGCGUACUCUUCAGAUGGUCAGCUGCUUGUUUCGGGCUCUGUGGACAAAACGGUGACAGUAUAUGACGCAGUGAGUUUCUACUGCAGUACCGUAUCUAUGUUCAACUUCUAUAUGGUACCACUCGCAUUUCCUGUUUUUCAUAAUGUUUUUUUUUUUUUCAUGUUACAGAAAAAUGCUGUGUUACUUUACACAUUGAAUCAGCAUGAGAGGUACGUGACUGCGUGUUCCUUCUCUCCAACUUCACCACUAAUCGCCACUGGAUCCAUGGACAAGACGGUCAACAUAUGGAAAGUGGAAGAUGGAUGCCGUGGCCACACUGGGAAGGCGCUGCCAGGACAGUCUUCUCUGACAUCAUGUCAAGCGUCCACAUCAACAGGCCGGUCCAAGCUGCUGGUCAGUGAUUGGUCAGAGGAGGACGUGUCUAUGUGGCUGCUGGAGGAGGGGCUGGAGGCUUUGGUGGACACGUUCAAGACCAACAACAUUGACGGGAUGGAGCUGCUCAGUCUCAACAAGGAAAUGCUGGCGUCGGAACUGCACAUAGAAUCAGCGGGGAUGCGCAGCAAAGUCCUGAGAAAGGUAGAGGAACUGAGGAGUGAGUCGGCAUCUUCUGGUGUUCCUGAUGAGUUCCUGUGUCCAAUCACCAGGGAACUAAUGAGAGAACCGGUCCUCGCCGCCGAUGGAUACUCCUAUGAAAGGGAGGCCAUCACCAUGUGGAUCAGCACCAAGAACCGCUCCAGCCCCAUGACCAACCUCCCCUUACUGACAACUCUGCUCACCCCCAAUCACACCCUCAAGAUGGCCAUUGCUCGUUGGCGGAUGAGCCAAUAGCAGCCUCCGCCACUGCUGUCACCACGGUGACAAGAAGCCCUCAUUUCAGGUACACCAGUAUCUUCUUUAGCGAUUUGGAUUCCAACAAAAUCUAUUCAACUCAUUGCCUUUCAGUUCUGCUUUACUUUGUGUAAUAUCGAUUUAUAACGUUCAAUUAUGUGUCACAUUUUUCAUAUUUUUUAUACGCAACUUAUUGUUAUUAGCGUCAAGAUGUUUUGUGUGGGCCACUUUAAAUAGACUGUCAUUGAGGAUGUGCUCGGCGAGCUGCCAAGCAGAACAUUAACAGACAAGAUGGCAUUUUCCGCUCUUUGUUGAGUUCCAAGGUGGACACAUAUUAUCAUAUUUCAGAUCGCCCUCAACUUUCAAUGUGACUUUGACAUGUGACUGCAUUCUAUUCUAAUGACCAGCAGGGGGCCAUACAGAAGUCUGAGAAAAAAUGUAUUUCUAAAUAAUUGGUCUUAAAGGGGACCUAUUAUGCUUGUCCACUUUCCUGACCUAUAAAUUCGAAUGUUGUAUUCUCGUGUUAAACGAUGCCAACGUUUCAGAUAAUGAGGUUUGCACAUUUGGAAGUGAGCCCUGAAAGAAGUUUGGGAUGGCUCAAAAUGCUCGUUUUUUUUCUAACGCCGGCUCUCUGUGACAUCAGAGUGCCGGGUUUCCUUAUAUGGGCGUCCGCUGUAGCCCAAGCUGCUCUUUGCCCUCCACCAAGCUCUUCUUCUCUGUUUACAGUGUCUCCCAAGAAGUUUUUCCAGGUGUAAGGGGAAGAUAAAUUUGUUUACAAUUCAGAGGCAAACAUCAGGCAGAAGUGGUUGGAGUUCCUGGUUCCCUACCAGCAAAAGAAAAAUAUUUCAAUCUAUCAACGGCAUUCCACACUGGACUGUUUUGUGAACGUGGGCCAGUAUGGAGCUGGACUAGGCGACAAACGUUUACAAUGUUACUUGGUCAUGUCAAAGAGUCAGAGGACCAAGCAGUAAGUAACAAUUUAUCAAUGUCCUAACAAAAGCAGUUGUCUGAGUAGCAUUAUAGAGUGUGCAUACAGUGGGGUGCAAAUUACUAGCUCACAGAGUCUGGCAUUUCUAGUAGUCAAUUCCCACUACAAUGAAUGGGUUUACCCAAGUUUUUUUUUUUUUAAACACUGGUAGUCCCGCAAAAAAACAUGUAAUGACCACAUUACACGAUACUGCUCUACUAAAAUGAAGUAACCUCUUUUCUUGAGAAACUUUGGACUGUCCAGUCUCAACUUAUGGAUCAGAUUCGGUAUCCAACACAUAUGGCUGUAUGUUAAAAGCGGAUAUUUUAAAAAGAUAAAUCCCUGUUUACAAUCAAAUCCUAAAAUGUUGGGUGCGGGAGCUAUCCGGAAGCCCUCGUGAGCACUUGAGAGUGUGACCAACCACAGACCGUUUCCAUGGGAAGCACGCAAUACAAAGAAAUACAGUUGGAAUAGGUGCAGAUUCUGUAAGAUCUAGAAAGCUUUCUGUGCUGGUUAUUGUGUGUAGCUUCUCUAGAGGAGUCAAUGAAAUGAUCAUAAUAGGUCCCCUUUAACUCAGAACAUCACUGUUAUGUUUUAAAGUAAUUACAGUACAAUACAAGGUAAAGGAUCACAUUGCAUGUAGUCACUCGCAAAGUAGCUAAUGUUAGCUAUCAUUGAAUGUAUAGCUGUUCAUAAACACACAAUGGCAAAUUGUCAGUCGCUUCUCUGGGACUGUUUCUGUGUGUGUGUGUGUGUGUGUGUGUGUGUACACGCCCACCCCACAGUCAUGUAUGUGAAUACCAGACAGCAGUGUGUGGUAGCCAUGACAUUUUCUGCAACAUAUCAGAACCAGUAUGUCAGUAGUGACAAAGUGCCACUGCAAACUACAAUCACAAUAAUAAACAUUGUUGUGUUCAUAGAAAAAUUACAUAAGGUAUCUAAUAGUACAGCAUGUAAUCAGCAUUUAGCACCUUGCAUUAUGGCAGUUUGUGUAUGGAUAGUACACAUGGUGUUGAGGUGAUGGAGGUCUCUUGUACAAUUUAAAAGACUUGCUUUGUUGGUCAUGGCUUUAAUGUCAAGAGGCGUUUUCCUCUAAUUCCUAUCAUUUCUAUACAUUGUAACACUUUUUCAAAUGAUAUGCUGUACUGUGAAAGAAACAUAAAUACUGAGUCAUCCACCAUUAUUUUAUUGUACCACAAGGUGGCCACAUUCUGUAAUCCAUAGCAUGGAAAGUGUUCAUGACAACGAUGGACAUAUUGUUAUAAUUCUACUGUAUGAUGUCCUUUUCAUUUUGGACUCCUUGUGUUCAGUAAAACCAAUAAACACUUCAUACAUCUCCUGCUAUGCAAAAAUAAAUAACAUAUACAGUGAUUAUUAUUAUUAUUAUUAUUAUAUUAAAGCAACCCAAUAUAGACAAUAAGGUUUUAACGUUGUCAUCUACAUUUGUUCAGCACACCAUUUUUAAAAGGCUGUAUGUUGACAAAGAACCACUUACAAGGGAAUAAAUAUCAUCUGCAAAUAUAGUGUACAUUGUACAAAUAUAAAUGUUAUUUUUUUUUAAAAGACACUUGACAAUCGAAAUGGUCUUAUCCUGCAACUAGUGUGAGGUUGUCGAUAUUAUUCGUGCACAAAGCUUUCUCAGACUAGAAUGUUUGAUAUAAGGAAUACAAUUCAGACAAUGUACUACUUGGUUUAAAAGCCUACUUAAGGUA